ACCAUGGCGGAGCUGGGAGCAGGCGGCGACAGCCACAGGGGCGGCGACGACGCGGUGCAGAGCGAAACAGCACCUGACAACUAUAAAGUGCAAGAUAAGAAAACGCCUGCCUCCAACCGUCCCUCCCCUGCUGUUUCAGGACAAAAUAGCAGCCACUCAGGAAAUAAACCAGACCCUCCACCUGUGCUACGAGUUGAUGACCGGCAGCGGCUGGCCCGGGAGCGACGUGAGGAACGGGAAAAACAACUAGCUGCAAGAGAAAUCGUCUGGCUAGAAAAAGAGGAGCGCGCCAGGCAGCACUACGAGAAGCACUUGGAGGAGCGAAAGAAGAAGCUCGAGGAGCAGAGGCUGAAGGAGGAGCGGAGGCGAGCUGCUGUGGAGGAGAAGCGGAGGCAGAGACUCGAGGAGGACAAAGAACGCCAUGAAGCUGUUGUACGGCGUACAAUGGAGAGGAGCCAGAAGCCAAGACAGAAGCAUAACCGGUGGUCGUGGGGAGGCCCUCUCCACGGGAGCCACAGCAUCCACAGUGCAGAUCCUGACAGGCGGUCAGUUUCCACCAUGAAUCUUUCGAAACAUGUUGAUCCCGUCAUUAGCAAGCGGCUCUCCUCUUCAUCUGCAACUUUACUAAAUUCUCCAGAUAGAGCUCGCCGCCUGCAGCUCAGCCCAUGGGAGAGCAGCGUUGUUAACAGACUCCUGACGCCCACACAUUCGUUCCUGGCCAGAAGUAAAAGCACAGCUGCCCUGUCUGGAGAUGCAGCAUCUUGCAGCCCCAUCAACAUCAUGCCCUACAAAGCUGUACACUCUAGAAAUCCGAUGGAGAGACCAAAAGUCUUUGUAACACCACCUGAGGGCUCUGCACGCAGGAGGACCAUUCUUGGCACAAUGGGCUAUAAAACAGAGAAAGAAAGAGAAAACAUACCCUUCCAUCUUACAUCUGGCAUCAGAAGGGCUUUCUCCCCAUCUCAUCCCAAAGCAAGAUCACCAGCUUCCUCCCGACUUCGGCUGCCGUCCAAGUCCUUUCCUCAUUUGCCUGGCACACCCAGACCAGCAUCCUCCCUGCCUCCCGGCUCAGUCAAAGCUGCCCUUGCUCAGAUCUGGCCCCCAUCUCCCGGCAACAUCCGCCCUGUCAAGAAAGAAGUCAAAGUGGAGCCUGAGAAAAAGGACCCAGAGAAAGAACCUCAGAAAUUUGCCAAUGAGCCCAUACUAAAAGGCAGGGCACCUUUAGGAAAAGUAGAAGAGGCCACGGUUGAAGAAGGGACACCUGCCGAGCCAGAGACUGCCCCUGCUGCUCCAGCCCCGGCCCCUGCUCCAGCCUCGGCCCCAGCUCCAGCCUCAGCCUCAGCCCCUUCUCCAGCCUCGACCCCAGCCCCAGCCUCGGUCCCAGCCCUGUCAACCUCUGUGACUGCCAGUCCUUCUACUAAGACCUCUGCAGGCACUACCGACCCGGAAGAGGCCACAAAGCUGUUAGCCGAGAAGAGGCGGCUGGCUCGAGAGCAGCGAGAGAAGGAGGAAAGAGAGAGGAGGGAAAGGGAAGAGCUUGAAAGACAAAAGAGAGAGGAAUUGGCUCAAAGGGUGGCUGAAGAGAGAGCUCGCCGUGAGGAAGAAGCCCGAAGGCUAGAAGCUGAGCAAGCCAGGGAGAAGGAAGAGCAACUCCAACGGCAAGCCGAAGAGCGAGAGCAACAAGAGCAGGAGGAGAUGGAGCGCCUCCAGAAGCAGAAAGAAGAAGAAGCUCGUGUUCGUGAAGAAGCAGAAAGGGCCCGGCAGGAACGAGAGAAGCAUUUCCAGAAAGAAGAGCAGGAGCGCCUGGAGAGGAAAAAGCGACUUGAGGAGAUUAUGAAAAGAACCAGGAGAACAGAAGCUACAGAUAAGAAAACUCUUGACCAGAGAAACGGAGAUAUAGCCAAGGCAGCUCUCGCUGGAGGAACAGUAUCUGCACUUCCAUGUGUGACAAACUCUCCAGGAAAUGGAGAACCAGUGGCCAGCCCACAAGUGGUUACCUCACACCAAUUGAACGCAACUGUGGAGAGUACUCCCAAUUUGGAAAAACAACCAAAUGAAAAUGGAGUAUCUGUUCAGAAUGAAAAUUUUGAAGAAAUCAUAAAUUUACCCAUUGGAUCUAAACCAUCCAGAUUAGACGCCACCAACAGUGAGAGCCCAGAAAUUCCUUUGAAUCCAAUUUUGGCCUUUGAUGAUGAAGGGACACUUGGGCCUCUGCCUCAGGUAGAUGGUGUUCAGACACAGCAGACAGCAGAAGUUAUAUGAGCAUUUCUUCUGAAGAACCAAAGCGGAAAUUUCAUAAGAAUUUCUAUGGUUAAUGGAAUUCCUUCCAUGCUAUAAAGGAGCAUACCCCUGCCCCCUCUAGUUUUCUAAAGAUUUCUCGAACAUCUUUUUGAAAAGACUUUAUUAAAACUAGCUAAAGACAACAGACUGGAUAGUUUUUCUAAUAAUUUUCGCCAACAGAAAAAAUAUUCCUUACUCUUCAAUACUUUAAAAUGGUUUUUCCAGCAUGCUCCUUCUUAGCAAAUCCAUAUUUUUCUGCAUUCUUUCAAAGACAACAUUUGGCUAUAAAAGAAAUAGACUGACUAGGCAUGAUUUUUUAUAUAGAUAUUUUGGUCUUAAAAGCUAACAUGUAAAAUUGUCAAAAAAAUUACCUUUUACAAUACAUAGUACUUGAAAAAUAAGUACCUCUUUGCUCUACAAAUAGAGUGAAUAGGGAGGUGUUUAAAUUAUGUUUAAAUUAAGCCAGUUUGUUUAAAUAUUGCAAAGAGCUUUAUUUGUAGAGGCAAAUUAUAGGCAGAUGACCAGGUUCUUGUAAAUGUAACUUGUCCAUGGACAUCCUGCAAACCCAGCUGUCAUUGCAUUCUCCUUGCAUCCCCUUUUGCAAAAGCAUACUAAAAAGUUUUAAAAUGUGAGAAAAAGCAUUAUUUUUUGCAGAGCAAGAACGUAAUUUACUGUCCUCUUAAAUAAUGUAUUUAUAAAGUUUUUCUGGAUAAACUAAUCAAAUAAAUUAGAAAAAUGUGACAACAUUGCAAAUUUGCUUUAUUACAUGCAUUUCUUCUUAUGUUACUAUGAGAGAAUGUUACUGAUAAUUCAGGGCUAUUUCUGAAGUCUGUAUAUUGCUGCUGUCCCCAGUGAUGGAGGGACUUAUCUUUGCCUUACCUGAUCACUAAUUGUUUGGGGGGAAAUAAAGAUUUAAUAUUUGUUUAAAUUAAAAAAAAAAAAAAAUUUGGUUUUGCUCAUUUAAGAGCAAUGAAAAAAUGAUGGCAUGUUGACUCUGUUUGGCACUCAGGAUACGGUACAUGUUGCCUUCAUGAAUGUCCUCGUUCUGCGUAGCGUCCGUCAGUUUCUCACUUUCCACUCUUUCUUCACUUUUGCUGCUGAGCUUAGCUGUACAAACUUGCACUUUUAUAUGCCAUUAGAUUCAAUUUUAUUUUACCAUUUUGGAGACUACUAAACUAAAUAUUGAAAGAGAGGUGUCACUGAGGGAACACAUGUUUUUAUAUAGAGUGUUCAAAAAGGUAAAUGUCUACCACUAUAGUGUGUUGCUUUUAUUAAAAGAGGAUUCGGUUAAUCUAGAUCGAAUAAGAGACUGUUCAUCUAUUGGAUUAUGUCUUUAAAAUCCAAACAUACUGUCUUUAAUAACAACUGUAAUUUGUUAAAACAUUAAUUUGGGUUUUUUUCUGUUCUCAGUUGUCCAUGUACACAGUCGUUAUAUUAAAAAAAAAAAAAACUGUUCAAAAAAGCUGUUUUCUUUCUUUUCAUUGACCUAGCAUGAAAUAAGGAGCCCUGGUGGCACAACAUACGGUUA